CUCGUCCUCAAAAGUCUCAGUCCUUUUACACUGCCAGUGCCAUACUAUACUCUUUCCCGCCAAAAAUAAAGGUAUCCCAUGAAAACCCACCAUUUUUAUCUACUCUUCUCUUUGUAAUCUAUCCCAAUAGAUUUGUUCUUUUACCAAUAACAGUUCUUUAGAAAGAGAAAGAUGAAAGGGUCAUCGAAGGUGAUAAUGGGUGCUACAUUAGCAAUUGUAGUUAUACUUGCCAUUGUAUUGGGUUUAAUUUUGGUGCUUUUAGCUGAGCUUUACUGUUCUAUUCUUCUCCGACGUCGAAAAUUUAACGAUGGAAAUCAGGGUUCGGCACCCGAAAACCCGACGAGCCCGCAACAACCUCAACAUCAGCAGUUAGUUCCUUCUCCUCUUAGUAGCUUCUAUGCUCAAGGAGUUCUAGAAGCUCCUAGAAGCUUUCUCUUUCCUAAACUCCCUAGUAAGAGAGAGAAACAUGGGAAACUACAUCAGUUUCUUAGAAUUCAAUCUCCACAAGUACUGGGUCUUGCUUCUACUUCUUCAUCUCCUCCUCUUAAUAAAACCGAUGAAAUCAAAGUUGAAAUUGAAGAAAAGGAUUUCAUGUACAUUUCGAAUCCUAUGUAUGACAAUGAAGUUGCUCGGCCGAUUCAGAUGGCAACGCCGUUUGAGACACCAGAUAGCUCACCAUCCCAUCUGGAUCAGAACGGGUCAUCCGGGGGCGGGUCAAGUCCAUCAUCAUUGCCGUUAAGUCCGAUGAAGGAGCUAACAGAUAAAGCAGCCUCUGUUUCUUUAAAAGAUGCAGGGUGUUUGGGUACAUGUAGUGAAUCGAAUAGUCAUGUUGGUCGAUCUUCUUCAUCUUCUGAAUCACCUCGAACUUCACCUUCAUGGUAAUAUUUUGGUCGUCCCUUGCAUGAGUUAGAAUUUAAUGUUAAUUUCUUACUAUUUUAACUCCAAAUGUGUUAGUUAUUACAUUCGGAGGGAAAAUAGUAGGAUAUAAGUACUCAAUGUGAUGAUUAAUUUCGAAACUACAUAGAUUUUGGGCCUUUUUGGGUUACAUUCCCGCUUUGAUGCUACAUAUAAUGUUGUAAUAUUGUAAUAGUAUUAUUAGUUAUUCCUUGCAUUUCCUCAGUUCUGAAAUAAUUUACAUUACA